AUGGCUUUCCCAGAGAGAUACGCGCUCAGCACCAAGGCUCCGGACAGGAGCAAAGAGCCAAAGGCCAUUCACCCCAACAUCAUCCUGGUCUUUCGCUUCCUCAUCACUGCCCUUCUCUGCUGCCUCUCUCUCAUCACGUUGGUGAUCAGUAUCCUGGUCGUUAAGUACUACGAGGAUCACAAACCGAUCGUGUUCCCAUCAUGGGGCUCGCUCAUUUACUUGAUCAUCCUCAGCGUUCUCACGCCAAUCAUCUACUUUGGUUACAACAUUGCCAUGCCACUCGCGCCCUUCAUCAACUAUGGCGACUUCCUCUAUGGCCUCUUCAGGGUCAAGGUUGAGCUCCUCCUUCAGUUCACCAUGUGUGUGCUCUGGGUUUCAGGCGCGAUGGCCUACUAUGAAGACCUGGGUGGCUACCAGAACUGCCAAUUCGAUGGAUACUUCCACUACCCCAAGCCGAUGGAUUUUCAACACGUUUGCUACCUUCGACAGCUCAUCGUAGCCCUCGCCUUUGCCACCUUUGGCGUUCAGGUUUUCCUUUGGGCGAGCGAGAUGCUCAUCGCGCUCUACAUCUUCCUCUUCCUGGACCAAGAGUCACUCUCGGAACCACACUUUUCCUGGGGCCGUCGAGCGUACGACUUCCAGCAGGGACGCCACGUGUCGCAGCAGCAGGGCAACUCACGAUCAGCACGCGUAGCACGAGCCAGCGUCGUCAACAGCGAGGACGACCCAGAGCGCAUCUCGCAGACGGGCCGACGGUCCGGCGGAGGGCGACGAGGUGUGGCGUACAGCAAUGCAGAUAUGGCCGAGAGCCAGACCAGCUUGCCGGCUAGCCUCGGCUCACGAGGACUGCAAGCAUACACCGACGGCGAAAUACAAGGGCGGGCAGGCGACGAGGAAGGCGGCUGGCAUUUGCGCGAAUGA